AUGGAUGAAGAACUACAAGAAUUGCGAGAUUUGGUUGUUCAAUUAAGAGCUGAUAACGCGCGGCUGCAACAGGCUCAGGCACCGGUUGGGUUGCCUGUCCCUGAUGCUGCCCUCCCUAGCACCUCUGCGGUUCCGCCUGUUACGCCGCCGCCAUCUGGCGUUACACCAGAGCGGUUUGUUUUUGUGCCACGAGAUCGGCGGUGCCCGAAGUUUAAUGGUAAAUCGGGUUUGACUAUUGACGAAUGGGUUGAGGAGGCACAGGCAUGCAUGAGGUUGCGCUAUAUGUCAGUAGCUGAUAAAGCUUUCUUUUUAAUUGAUCAUUUAGAAGGAGAGGCCAGAGAGGAGAUCAGAUAUCGUUCUGAUUUAGAACGUGGGGACCCCAACCGAAUUAUUCAGGCAUUGCGUGACGUCUAUGGUUGCUCUCAGUCAUAUGUAGCCUUGCAAGAAGCCUUCUUCUCAAGGAAGCAACUCGAGGUUUCUAAAUUGAUUUCUCCUUGCCCACAUGUGACCGCUCUCAUAGGGGGUGUUGCAGUGCCCUGUUUGGUUGACACCGGCUCGAUGGUGUCAACAAUUACAGAGGGUUGUUUUCGGCAACAUUUUGAGCCAUGGGGCCUGGACCGCCUUCAAAGUUGUCAGUGGUUGCAGUUACGAGCAGCUAAUGGGCUCACUAUUCCAUAUGUGGGCUACUUUGAGUUAGAUGUAAAACUUUGUGGCAAGUUGGUUACUGGGUGCGGCCUUCUGGUGGUUCGGGACCCUCUAGAAGGUAUGAGUCUGGAAGUUCCUGGGGUACUGGGGAUGAACAUCCUCUCCCGGUGCUACCAGGAACUGUUUGGACAGCAUGGUAAUGCUCUGUUUAACCUACCUUUACUAACACAAUUGCCUAGUGUGUCGAGCGCCUUACAGUACUGUCAUCAAGUAAGUGCUAGGAAACCUUCUGAUCAUGUGGGGUGCGUGCGGGUUCGUGGGCGUAGAGUGUGUCGCAUCCCGGGUGGCACAAUGAAGUUAGUGGCUGCAACCUGUUCGGCCCACUAUUUUGGCCAUGUCGUUUUGUUUGAGCCCCCAGAGUCUGGUCUUCCUGCUGGACUUUUGGCAUCACCAGCUUUGGUAAGCGUAAAUCGGGGAACAGUCUAUGUACCAAUAGUAAAUGUUGGUGCAGUGGAGGUAGUGCUUCGUCCUGCAACAAUGAUGGGUAAUUUGAAAGAGGUCUAUAUAGUUAGUCUGCCAGCUGGGGUUAGUGAAGAAAAACCAGUGGCUGCUAUGAUUCAAUCUCAUAGUGUGGUUGGGAGUCCUUCUUUUUUUCAACAGAUUGAGUCACUUGAUCUAUCUGUUCUGUCUCCACCUGAGCAGGUUCGGGCUCUUCUGCAGAAGUACCAAGCUGUGUUUUCGGAUCAUGAGAGUGAUCUGGGUUGUACCAGUCUUAUCUCCCAUGACAUACCGCUGUUGGAUGAUGCUCCAGUGCGCCAACGCUAUCGGCGAAUACCACCAUCUGAGUAUGAGGUAGUAAAAACCCAUAUUAAUCAGUUGUUAGAGGCUGGAAUAGUUAGGGAGAGUUGCAGUCCUUAUGCGUCCCCGAUAGUCUUGGUAAAGAAGAAGGACGGUGGCCUGCGCAUGUGUGUAGACUACCGUCAUUUGAAUGCCAAGACUAGGAGGGAUGCAUUCCCUCUGCCUCGCAUUGAGGAGUCCUUGGACUCCUUAUCUGGUGCUCGCUGGUUCUCUACGUUGGAUUUGGCCAGCGGGUAUUUGCAAGUUCCAGUUUCUGAGCAGGAUAAGCCGAAAACUGCGUUCUGUACACCGUUUGGAUUGUUUGAAUGGAACCGUAUGCCCUUUGGCCUUUGUAAUGCUCCAAGUACAUUCCAAAGGUUGAUGGAGCGGUUAUUCGGGGACCAGCGGUGUCAGUCCCUGCUUUUGUAUCUUGAUGAUGUUGUGGUGUUUUCUUCCUCCAUAGACCAACAUUUGGAGAGGCUGGAGAUGGUACUAGGUCGUCUAGAGAAGGAAGGGCUCAAGGCCAAGCUGGAGAAAUGUGCUUUCUUCCGGCGUGAAGUAAAGUACUUGGGUCACGUUAUAUCUGCUCAGGGGGUAGCAACUGAUCCAGGUAAAAUAGAGGUGGUCACACAUUGGCGCUGCCCGGGGACCGUGUCCGAGCUACGAACAUUUCUUGGCUUUGCGAGCUAUUAUAGGCGUUUUGUGGAAGGGUUUGCUAAGCUGGCCGCCCCCCUCCACCGAUUAGUGGCAGAAGUUGGAGGGAGUAAGUCAGGUAAGCAUAGAAAACAGAGUUUGACUCAUGUAUGGACCGAGCAGUGUCAGAUGGCUUUUGAGGCCCUAAAGAGGAAGUUAACAUCCGCCCCAAUAUUAGCUUAUGCAGACUUCUCAAAGCCUUUCAUCCUGGAGGUAGAUGCCAGUUAUGGAGGUUUGGGGGCAGUUUUGUCCCAAGACUUCGAAGGGAAGGUUCGACCCAUCGCCUAUGCCAGUCGUGGUCUCAGGCCCUCAGAGCGAAAUAUGACUAAUUAUAGCUCAAUGAAACUAGAGUUUCUCGCCCUUAAAUGGGCUAUGGUUGAAAAGUUUCGUGAGUAUCUUUUGGGGCACAAGUGUAUUGUGUUUACAGACAAUAAUCCUCUGAGUCACUUGGCUACAGCAAAACUUGGAGCCACAGAGCAACGUUGGGCCGCUGAGUUAGCCGCAUUCGAUUUUGAGGUCAAGUACAGGGCAGGAAAGAGUAAUGGAAAUGCUGACGCGCUCUCCCGCCAGAAUUUGGUUGACAAGAGUGUAGUUGGGGAGUUAGCAGUUAGCUCUAAGAUUCCCGAAGCCUUGCAGCAGGCCAUUAGUAAGGGCUGUCCGGUCCAAGCAGAUAUGCGGACUAUAAGCACAUUGCCGGGCUACUCUGUCCCUGACCUUCGCUGUAUGCAAGAGGCUGAUCCUGUUAUUGGACCAGUAAUAAGGUUCUGGGAGCAGGGCCAACGUCCAGGAUUAGAGGAGCGGAAACUUCUAACCAAACCGGUCUUGACCCUACUCCAGCAGUGGAAUAGGUUUGAGGAGAGGGAAGGAGUUUUGAAGAGGUCUGGAUACAGCUGCACCAACAGCAUGGCCAUCAAGGAGUAG